CCUCUCAAUAAUCUGCAUGUAAUGAGUUUCGCGCUUUCGUAGAUCCACUUGUUAGAGAUAAGUGAGCUCUGAAUAACCUGGCACUUACGCAGCGCUGCUUACGUGCGCAAAUAUUUUCCCGUCGGGGGCGGGAUCUCUCUUCCGAAUUCCGUUUGUAUUGGCUUGCGCUGCUCUCCGAGACUAGGUUUAACGCCAAGGAGUGGUAUUCGGCGAAGCAGUAGGGUAAUGGCCGGCGCCGCUGGCGAAGGUCAGCGGGAAAACCUCGAAGCUAUUCGUUCCGUCGUCUUUAAGGAAUCUGAAACCUUGGACGAGGUGAGAUUUCAGAAGAUCUCUGGCUAUGAUUUCAACCGCGGCGUUGAUUUCAGAGGGCUUCUGGAUUCCAUGGUCUCCACUGGUUUCCAGGCAUCAAACCUAGGAGACGCCGUCGAGAUCGUCAAUCAGAUGUUAGAUUGGAGGCUUUCCCAUGAGAAACCAACAGAAGAUUGCGCCGAAGAAGAGUUGGAUCCUUCGUUCAGGGAAUCCGUCAAAUGCAAAAUUUUUCUGGGCUUUACUUCGAAUCUAGUAUCAUCAGGUGUUCGGGAUAUCAUCCGGUUUCUUGUGGAGCAUAGAAUGGUGGAUGUUGUGGUUACAACUGCUGGUGGCAUAGAAGAAGACCUUAUAAAGUGUCUUGCACCGACAUAUAGAGGUGAUUUUUCUUUACCUGGGGCGUAUCUUCGCUCUAAAGGAUUGAAUAGAAUUGGGAACCUGUUGGUUCCUAAUGAUAAUUACUGCAGAUUUGAGAAUUGGAUCACUCCAAUUCUUGACCAAAUGCUAGAAGAACAAUCAAUGAAGGAUGUGAAUUGGACACCUUCAAAAGUGAUUUCACGCUUGGGAAAAGAAAUAAAUGAUGAAAGUUCGUACUUGUAUUGGGCAUAUAAGAAUGGAAUACCUGUCUUCUGCCCUGGACUAACUGAUGGAUCUCUUGGAGACAUGUUGUAUUGUCAUGCGAUAAGAAGCGGUGGUUUGAAUGUUGACAUUGUUCAAGAUAUACGAUCCAUGAAUAGCGAAGCUGUUCGAGCUGGUCUUAGGAAGACUGGAAUGAUUAUUCUAGGCGGCGGACUUCCAAAACACCAUAUUUGUAAUGCCAACAUGAUGCGUAACGGUUCAGAUUAUGCUGUUUUCAUCAACACCGCACAAGAGUUUGAUGGCAGUGAUUCAGGAGCUCAGCCUGAUGAGGCUGUUUCAUGGGGAAAAAUAAGAGCCUCUGCAAAAACGGUCAAAGUACACUGCGAUGCAACCAUUGCUUUCCCCCUGCUUGUUGCUGUAACAUUUGCAAGAAGGUUUGAAGAUGCUUCUACUUCGGCCGACAUUAAAUCCGACUAAACCCAGUGAGCUUAUCCCUCACCUAAGUUAAGAUUUCCUCGUUGUAUUUGUGCUUUCUGUGACUCUGGCUAACAUUUUGAUCAUUAGCGGAUAGUUUGAGACAGCUUGUAGGGAUCGGUUGUUAUGCUGACAAAAAACAAACCAUUUAAUUAAUAUAUAAUUCAACAUUUUUGAAAUGUUCCUAUUUACAAAAUUAACAUUGCCAAU